AUGUCGCAGUUCGGUCUACCUCCUGCGGUGGUUGAUGCUUGUGUGCGUGGAGAUAUUCAGUCAGUGGCUGAAAUGCUUCAGAAACAGCGCAGUUCUGGGGCAGCCUUGACGACUGAGAAAGAAGAAAAAGAAAAUGCUGGAAAUAGUGGCCGCGUCGCUGACGAAGGUGGCGACAAGCCUGUCAAAAAAGAUGACAAGGCGAAGAAGGACGUACACGAAAAAGAACACAAACCUGAAGCUGACGAUAAAGACAUGGAAUUAGACUAA